GAAGGUUCUUCUGGCGCCAGACGAACCUUCCACGGCUCCACCUCAAAGCCGGACGAGAAUUGACUCACAUUUGCGUUCAUUCGGAGGACAAAUCCGGUACGAGCCAGCACGAUUUCGAGCAUCUGACAUCAUUUGUGCACUGUAAUUUGUGGCAGCUCUCGACAGUAUCGCCCUCGACGAUCUUACAACCUCUUCCCCCGAUGAGUGGCCAUGCACGUUUCCACAAUGUCUUCUAGAAAAUCGAGCGUCGGAGACUAUCCUGUCUGUGCCUGACUCAAUUGCGCGUAUUGCUCAUGGACUUGCAAUUAAUCACGGUAAAGGGCGAGGAUGACGAAUCUUGCACAUUAUUUUACUGGGGAGGAACGUGAUACUAAUGCUGCCUGCCGCUCAUUCGGAGCCAUUUGUCGAUUGACCCGAAUGUCGGAGCUGGUCACACAACAUUUGUGCAGGUUGAUAGCCUGUUGCUGUUUAGAUCCGACCGUAAUCUCCUUGCCAUCUUGAGAGCCUUGGGGUUCUACUGUAAUACCCUUCCCAUCCAUUUGGUUCUUCUCCUGUCGAUGACAAAAGAUUAGUAUCUAUAAUAUCCAAUCUCAGUCCCAGGAGUGGCUAGAACUGUGCACGCAGUUGCGGAACUGCAUCGUAGAACAUGAUGCCCAGAUGAACAUGAAUGAACACCCUGGUUAAUUCCGGUAUGUCCUGCACCGAUCUGCUGUUCCCGAUUGACUUUUCGUUUGCAGUCCUCCGGCUUGGGUUCUUCAGGUUUGACCUUGUUACUGCUCGUUUACAAACUGAGUCGGUACAGAAAUGGACUUUCCGCUCCUUGAAACAUUCCGUCUUUCCGCCAUCGUCGAAUUCUUCUCCAAUUACCACUUGUCCACCGUUUCGUCUACGCCCCAGGAUCCCGACGGUGGUCUCUGUUCCAGUUCCCCAGUUCCAAUCUACUUCUGCAAUGCGAACAAUUGUCACUCUCUUGCCGACGAUACUGCCCAAUAACCACGUGUUCAAUUUUUGCACGUUCUAAAAGUCUUCUAUUUGCAUCAAUUUCAUCAUGCAGCAACUAUCGCAGGAGAUCAGAUUCGGACGUCCGAUAGCGGUCGCCACAGGAAUCAGAUUCACUGUUGAAGCAGUAGCGGGGGGAAGUUCUCCCUAUGUGCUCAUUUCAAUUAUCAAUUAUGUUU